UCAUAACAGUAGCAACAUGACAGUUAUGAAGUAGCAACGAAAAUCAUUUUAUGGUUGGGUCACAAUAUGAGGAACUGUAUUUAAAGGGCCAGAAGGUUGAGAACCACUGCUCUAAGCAGAGGGCCCUGGGUGCUGGUUCCUACACCCGAGGCCCAUGCUAGGAGGAGGGGCCGGAAGCACCCCCUUUCACAGGUGAGGGCACUGAAGCUCAGGGGGCAGGCAUUGCCCCAGGUCAUGCACUGGUCAAUGGAGGGGCCAGGACUCAUCCCAGAUGUGCUAACUCCGUGGCCACUGGGCUCUGAAGUGUGGCCUUUAAAGCAAGAGAAAGUCAUGGACCAGAGGGGCGGGCAGCCGGCGUCUGCGUGCAGGCCCCCUGACGCGCUAAGGGGCCCAGCCUCUCGGUGCCUCUGCCUCUGCCUCAGCCACGGUCCCACGAGGCCGUCCCAACAGCAGCUGGCACAGCGGGGCAGGGCUCUCCUUCCUGUUCCCCAUCCCCUCGGGCUGGGCAGCCAGGCUUCCCGCAGCCCAGCCGGGAGCCGGCGGGACGGCAGUGGUUUCAGGGGGAGACCAAUUCGAGACGAUGCAAGAGAACGGUCCAGCUGGGAGCUCCCGGACCUGCUGGAGGGCAAGAUCCAGGCCAUCAGUGACUCGGAUGGGGUGAACUACCCCUGGUACGGCAACACCACGGAGACGUGCACCAUCGUGGGCCCCACCAAGAGGGACUCCAAGUUCAUCAUCAGCAUGAACGACAACUUCUACCCCAGCGUCACGUGGGCCGUGCCCGUCAGCGAGAGCAACGUGGCCAGGCUGACCAACAUCUACCGGGACCAGAGCUUCACCACGUGGCUGGUGGCCGCCAACACCUCGACCAACGACAUGAUCAUCCUGCAGACGCUGCACUGGCGCAUGCAGCUCAGCAUCGAGGUGAACCCCAGCCGGCCCCUGGGCCAGCGCGCCCGCCUGCGGGAGCCCAUCGCGCAGGACCAGCCCAAGAUCCUGAGCAGGAACGAGCCCAUCCCGCCCAGCGCCCUGGUCAAGCCCAAUGCCAACGACGCUCAGGUCCUCAUGUGGCGGCCCAAGUACGGGCAGCCGCUGGUGGUGAUCCCGCCCAAGCACCGGUAGCAGCCGCCGGGGCGCCGCGACUCCAGCCAUGACCGCUCCAGCAGCCCCACGGGGACGCCCAGCAUCCAGCAAAAUACAACCGUUCUACCUUGUCCCGCGGGGUCUCACUGUGCGCCCGCCCGACGGCCUCUGCCCUCUCCGAGCCGCUGCCUCGCGGGGAGGGGGGACAGCGGGACAGAGUAAGGUGAACCCCAGGUGCGCCCUCCCGUCCUGGGGUCUGGCCUCCUCUCCUCUCCUCUCCUCUCCUCAGUUUCAUUCACCUGCAGCAGACGCCCACACAACAGCUUUCAGUCCUUUUUCUUUAGACGCCUCUCUAGGAGGUGCGGGCGGGAGGAGGGGGAGCUGAUGAGUGACAGGCCCGCUCUUACUGACCGUGGGUGCCGGGCCCU